GUAAAAUGAAGUUAUUCCGGCGACUCGAGUUGAUAGACAUUGAUGACUAAUGGCAUUGUUUGGGAGAUUUGUGCGGAUUGACUCGUUUGCACCACCUGGUCCUUUUUUACAUCGAAUUCGUGAUCAACUUCAACGUCAUUCCUUCAAUCGCCACGCUGACCAGCCACUCGUGGAUUCUCUCCCUCCUGACGGCGUACUGGUGGUUUUCAGCGGUAGACCGUCACAGCCAAGACGAACGCUCAUUGCCCCCGCCACAGCCACCAAACCAUACAUACUUGGCCACACAUCUGAGAAUCCCUCGUGUCACCUAUCGAUCCACGGGCUGACAGGAUUUGACUUUCUGGGUACGGAGUAGAUCCACGGGCCUGACUCGGACAAACAGUGAUGUCCCGGCGCCUACGUCGGUCUCCUAGCCUAGAAUCCUUUAAUCUCUCUAAUCACUCAAGUUCCCCUCUUCCCCCUCUUCUCAGUUUCUUGUGAAACACUCAUAUCUAUUAUAUGUCUUCCUUGUAUACCAGCAUCGCGAAGGGAGAACUACCUCGCAUUUCGGACUCUGAUGCUCUCCGUCUUUUCGCCGACUGUUUCCCAGACCUCUCUCACCUGAAAAAUGCAGACCCCACCGUGGAAUCUAGCUCAAGUACAGGCUCCAAGUCCUGGACUCCCUCCAGGGCCGUCUUUGGAGAGGAUUUUACAGAGGUGAAUCGGACCUUGGUUAGUAUGCUAGCCGUGAAAUGGCUUCUUGCGGAUGACUACGAGGCCUUCACCGGCGGUCAGCCCGAGGCGGCGCGGCUAUCCAGGGCCUCCUUCCAGUCCUUGCGGGAAUUCUCUUUGCAGGGAAAUCCGUCUUCCGAAGAUAUCUACGCCCUGCUGGUCGCGCUGGUCAUUGAUGAUAUCGGCAAGGAUCCCGCCUUGGCCCAAGAGGUCGAGGAAAUGGCGUCCGCGGCGUCCCCGGUGUCCCCCGCGUCUCCCGCAUCACCCGCCUCUAGUGACCACUCCGGUACGGUCUUACAGGCCGCACAGGCGGGUCUAGUGUCUAGUUUAAGAGAUAUGCCUCGCAAAACCCGGAUGGCGGUCCUCCAGAAUUUAGAACUCGGCUCUCGAGUCAAUAUCGCUCAGGUAUUGCAGGGGGAGACCGCGCCAGCUAGCUUAGCAGUGCUGCAGCAGAUUCCGGAAGCUGACCAAGGGUUCCACAUCCGAGCGACGGUCACGUUCUUGGAUGUAGCGGGGGCUGCUGCACACAGGAACCCGCACGGCUGCGUGGUGAUGACGGAAUCGGUGUUCCGAUCAUACAUGGCCACAAUCCAGCGACUCGAUGAAUUCCGCAGGCACUUGAUCGACACUCCGCGAGCUUGCUACGACCAGGUUCUGACCUUCCGCGCGAACACCCUGCACGAGUGUGGCUUUGGCCUCCUAUCCACGGAUAACAGCGACGAGCGCGCGCUGCUUCGGCUGCUAUCUAUGGGGCGGGUGGAGAACAAGGACGUAGCCGAGCGGUUCCAGCGGGCUUUCAAUCUCCUCGCAGACCCCACGCGGCGUGUUCUGGUAGAUGGACUCAGUGUGGACGGAAUCGAUGACGGCGUUGCGGUCGUGCCCUACUACGCGCCGGGGCUCUUGUCAGAGAUCCUUAAGAAGAUCCCAAAGCACAGUGAGGACGCCACCGUCCAGGUGCUGGCGGCCUAUAUGUCUUUCCUCGCGCGGGUGUUUGGCGGGUCCACACCGCAACCGGGCAAGCUGGGCGGCCUAGUCGAACGGGACGUCUCGUUUGCCCUAGCCACCGUUGAGAGCAGCGAGUUCAAAGAAAAUCCGGACAUCCUAGCCUCGCUCGAGAUGCCAUGGGAAAAGGACGAUGCGGAGCGCCGGCGUCGUGGCGGGUGGUAUUCGGCCGUGAAAGCUUUGGCUCGGUUUUUAUACGUGGGGAGGUCGGCCCAGGGACGUGGCGCUGGCAGUUAACGAAAUA